CACACACACACACACAGAGUGCUGACUAGUCAGCUGUGAGGUUGGAGGUGGGGGACUGCGUGCCCACUAACCUAGUUUCGACUUCAAGUGCCUGCAUGUCUGUGGCUGAGUUUGAAGCCACCAGCGUGUUUGGAGUUAAUUCCCAUUAGGUCGGACUCCGCCCCUCUCUCCCAAAGGUAAAGCAAGAUUUUCAGGCAUCACUGCAAAGAGCAGCUGGGAUUCCCACCCCCAUCUGACAAGCUCUAAGGAGAAGUUGUUUCUCAGAUCUGAGCCUGAAGAGAGGGAACAAGUCAGUCAGCUUCCCGUGGUCAGAAGAGAAACCUGAGACCAUGAGGAGCAGCCUGACCGUGGUGGGCACCCUCUGGGCCUUCCUCUCUCUUGUUACUGCUGUGGCCAGUUCUACUAGUUACUUCCUACCUUACUGGCUCUUUGGAUCACAACUGGGGAAGCCGGUGUCAUUCAGCACAUUCCGGAGGUGCAACUACCCUGUGCGGGGAGAGGGACACAGUCUGAUCAUGGUGGAGGAGUGCGGGCGUUAUGCCAGCUUCAGUGCUAUCCCGAGCCUGGCCUGGCAAAUGUGCACGGUGGUGACAGGUGCUGGCUGUGCUCUGCUGCUCCUGGUGGCACUGGCUGCUGUCCUAGGCUGCUGCAUGGAGGAGCUUAUCUCCAGAAUGAUGGGACGUUGCAUGGGAGCAGCGCAGUUUGUGGGAGGACUGCUGAUAAGCUCAGGCUGUGCCUUAUACCCCUUAGGAUGGAAUAGCCCGGAGAUAAUGCAAACGUGUGGGAAUGUCUCCAAUCAAUUUCAAUUAGGUACCUGUCGGCUUGGCUGGGCCUACUACUGUGCUGGAGGUGGGGCAGCUGCAGCCAUGUUGAUCUGCACCUGGCUGUCUUGCUUUGCUGGAAGAAACCCCAAGCCUGUCAUGUUGGUGGAGAACAUUAUGAGAAACACCAAUUCUUAUGCCAUGGAGCUUGACCACUGCUACAAACCUUGAGCUUUGAAAGAAGAUCACAGAGGGUGGGAAAGGGGAGGGAUGGAAGCCCCCCAAAGAGGUACGAAGACUAGACCAGUUAUCACCCAACUGCUAGCACGGUAGCCUAGAGUAUGUAUGAGUUUAACUCACCUGUCAUUCAUUUUCACUUUCCCUUAAGCCAGUGGGUCAGUGGCUAUUUACAAAAUUCAUCUAGAGCAGUGAUUCUCUCAAACAUUUACCCAAUUGGUGAGUAUUCACUAAACCUUCAAGUCCCAAAGCAUUCCUUUAUGCAAAAUAGGA